GAGCGUUAUAUCCCUAUUAAAGACAGACCACAGCGAGAUAUAAUUACUUCUGAUAAUAAUAAAUCAGCAAAAAGUUUAGAAACAAUGGUGCUUAUCUACUAGAUGAAUAACAUGUGGAGAUCAAUAGCUAAAUAUGCACGACAACAGAUUGUUCAAUCUGAUCCUCAACAAAUUAAAGAAAUUCUUAAGCUUUGGUAUCUUCGUCUACUUGCUCUCAUCAAACUAGGCCUUUGUCAACUCGCUUCAGCUGAAUUAGAAAAGCUAGGCGAUUUGGACAGACCUGAAUUUUUUGAUGCAGAAGAAUCUCUUGUACCUUUUGAAUUACGUAUUUUACAUGCUACGUUACCCUCACAUCUAAAAUAUCCUACUGUAACUUUGGAGCGUUUAACUCUUCUCAUUAUUUAUUGUCAAAAAAAUAGCAAAAAAAGCAAAGUAAUGGCCAACAAAGACCUUUGGAAACAUCGUGAAUUGCAAACUUAUCUUGUAUUAGUUACUCAUUGGAUUCAUCUUAAAGAUUAUACAGCUGCUGCAACCACAAUGCAACAUAUUCUUAGAUAUGAUAAUAAAGAUAAUGUGGAUAUUUUAUCAAGUCUUGGUAGAUUAUAUCUUCAAAUGGGUGACUUGGUAUCAGCGCACGAAAUGUUUCAACGUAUAGAAGAAUUAUGCAGUGAAAAAAAGGAUAUGAUUGCUAUAAAGGAAGCGAUAGAGAUGAAUAAAGCAUUUGUAGCCAUGUCACAAGGUGAAUGGUUACAAGCUCGAGAUAUUCUGCAGCAACUUUAUGAAGUCAAUCAAGAUAAUCUUUUAGCUAUAAACAAUUUAGCAGUCUGUGAAGUUUAUUUAGGCAAUUUAGCUAUUGAAUUGUUAGAGGCAUUAACAUUAAAUAAUCCUACAUCAGCGGGCACAUGUGAAACAGCUAUUAUGAACAUGUGUACAUUAUAUGAACUUAGAUAUGAAGAUGCAACAGAAAAGAAAAUACAAGUAAUGAAACAAGUAGCUCGUUGGGCCGGAGAUUCCUUUCAACCUGAUUGCAUAAAGCUUCAAUAAUAUACAUGUU